AAUGUACAAAAUUAAAAAGCAAAAACGGUUUAAAGUAAACACUUAUUGCAUUCAAUUUAUGUGAUUGUUAAAUUUGUUUUUCAAACACAUGGUUCAGAGUUCGGUCCCACUUUGCGACACCUGUGACAAGUAUCUUCUACUAUAUUGUUGAGUUAAUCAAUAAAUUCCUUGAGGGUGGAAUUUUGCAAACUAAACCUCACUGUGUGUAAAUAUGUGUACGCGUGUCAUGUAGUGCGAUUUGAAACGACAAAAAUAAACCUAUUUAGAACUCUGUAUAUCCAAAGGAAAACUGUGAAGAGUAAUGUUAUAGGUUGAAUUUCAUUUGAUUAAAAUCUACGAUCGUGUAGGUCUCGAAGUAUAUAAAGUAAAGCAGGACAGUUUGCUUACAUAAUAGUUAUAUAAGCUCUCGUUUUCUUUUGCUUUAUAUAUAUAUAAUGUGUGUAGGGAGGGAGAACGGUUAUGUGAUGAGGUGACACUUAUGCUUUUCUGCACGUUCAAGCUGUGAGGAGGAGUGUUGUUAUAGUCUGAGUUUCAUUUGAUUAAAAUUUACAAUCGUGUAGACCGCAAAAUAUAUACAGAAAGCAAAGCAGGACAGUUUUUUGACAUAAUUAUAUAAGCAAGCUAUCGUUUUCUUUUGCUUCGUAUAUUUAAACACAUACACACAAUGUGUGGAGGGAGGGAGAGAGGGGUUAUGUGAUGAGGUGACACUUAUGCUUUUCCGGACGUUCAUCACUGAUGAAAAAAUAAAAGUUAAAUGUUUUAAUGUUAGCAAUAAAGACUACUAGAGUUACGUCCCUUGCAGACUGGCGACCUUCAGUGGUUCAGUGUGAAAGUAAGCAGAAUUGAUUCCCUCCACUGAGAUGCGAUGGCCUUCAUUCACCGCACUGUUUUUAACAUAACACUCCUACAUUGGGCUAGACAACGGCCCCAAUGUUACCAUAGAUUUUAUGCUUCCCUCACCAAAAACCAGAAAGAACAUUUAGCAAGCGGUCCGGAUUUAGCUGAUUUCAUCUUAGAUAACGAGCCUCAAAAGAAUGUCCACAGGAAAAAAGGUGAAAGACUUCGGUUGCCCAACUGGGUGAAGACAGAAAUUCCAAUUGGCAAAAGCUACAGUGAAAUAAAGGCAAGUUUACGGAACAAGAAAUUACACACAGUAUGUGAAGAGGCCAAGUGUCCAAACAUUGGAGAAUGUUGGAGUGGAGAAAAAGGUACAGCCACUGCUACUAUUAUGAUCCUUGGAGAAUUGUGCACACGAGGAUGCCGUUUCUGCUCUGUGAAAACUUCACGAGCUCCUCCUCCACCGGACACAGAUGAACCAGUGAAUACAGCCAAGAUCAUCGCAUCUUGGCUAGUAGAUUAUAUCGUAAUAACUUCAGUAGACCGUGAUGAUAUCGCAGAUGGUGGAGCUGCCCAUUUUGCUGAAACAGUAAAGCAGGUGAAAACCCACAAGCCAAAAAUUCUAGUGGAAUGUCUUACCUCUGACUUUCGUGGUAACUUAGAAUCUGUUGAGAAAGUUGCUAACUCAGGAUUAAAUGUUUAUGCUCACAAUGUAGAAACAGUUAAAGACUUCCAGUGGCUUGUGAGAGAUCCUCGUGCUAAUUAUGACCAAUCAAUGAAGGUUCUAGAACAUGCCAAAAAUACUAACCCAAAGUUAAUCACAAAAACAUCUCUUAUGUUAGGAUUUGGAGAAUCUGAUGAUCAAGUUUUACAAACAAUGGAGGACUUGAGGAAAAUAAAUGUGGAUUGUUUGACAUUGGGUCAGUAUAUGCAACCGACAAAACGACACAUUAAAGUGAAAGAAUAUAUUCACCCAGAUAAAUUUCAAUAUUGGAAAGAAGUCGGUGACAAAUUAGGAUUUGCUUACACUGCUAGUGGCCCAUUAGUAAGAUCCUCUUAUAAAGCAGGAGAAUUCUAUCUGAAAAAUUUGGUGAAAAAGGCAGCCUCUUAGUUGAGAAGCUAGUCAGAAAUUUCCUUCAUACAGGUAUCAUAUUUAAUGAAUUUAUUGUUAAUAAAAUCUGUUAAUUCUA